AUGUCUAGUUUAAAAUUAGCAUUUUCGAAUCACAAAAAAAAUGUUAUUCUUGGUAUUAACAUUAACAUUAGUAUUAGUAUUAGUACUAGCAUUAGAAUUAGCAUUAGGAUCAGUAGUAAUAAAAAGUGCUUCAAAUUAUUAAGGUUGACACCUUGUCAAACCCGCAUGUCUCUGGAAGAGAUUACACUUCAGCUCCGUUUACUUUAUAUUAUAAUUUAUAUGGGUUUGUGUAUUUGUGAUUCUAAGAAGGAAAAGACAAGGUUUUACAUGAAGAGAAAAGAAAAUGAAGGUAAAGGUGAAGCUCAAAUUUCACCAUCAGUCGGAACCUCAAAAGCAUUUUGA